AUGCUCAACAACGGAAUGAAGGCUAUCGGUCGUCGUGUCUUGUCUAGCAGAGGCAUCGUUGCCACUAGUGCCUCCAAGAGCAAGGCUUGUUCUGCAGCUGCUGCUCUUGUUUCCAUGAAUCAUCACAAGAUGUUUGAAAAGAAAAAUAAUUUCUCAACAAGCCAACUCUUUAGAAACAACUCAUCCGACAAGAAAGCAGCAGCGGAUGAACACGAAGAUGUUGUUGCUGAAGAGGCCGAAGUGAAUGAAGACAUUCUCAAGGAAGAAGGUAUUAUUAGAGAAACAGAACACAUUAUUGGUGCAAAGGAAAACAAGACAUUUGAAGCAGAAACCAAACAAUUGUUGCAUAUUGUUGCCUCUGCUCUCUACACCGAUAAGGAAGUCUUCAUUCGUGAACUGGUUUCCAACGCUUCCGAUGCUUUGGAAAAAGUCCGUCGAUUGAAUCAAGUCUCUCCCGAUAAGGUGGAUGAUGCUUCCAAAGAAUUAAAUAUUCAAAUCUCUGUGGAUGAUAAGAACAAUAUUUUCAUCAUUCAAGACAGUGGUAUUGGUAUGACCAAAGAGGAAUUGAUCAAGAACAUUGGUACCAUUGCACACAGUGGUUCUCGUGCCUUUGUGAAGCAAUUAAAAGACUCUGCAGAUAGAGGUGAUACUGGAUCGAACAUUAUUGGUCAAUUUGGUGUUGGUUUUUACAGUACUUUCAUGGUUGCUGAUAAAGUUCGUAUCUACACUCGUUCCGCUCUCAAAGGUCAACCUGGAUACUGUUGGGAGAGCACUGGAGAAGGUUCUUACACGAUUUGCGAAGCUGAAGGUGUUGCUAGAGGUACAAAGAUUGUCAUUUACUUGAAGAAGAAUGAUAAGGAAUUUUCAUUCAAAGAUACCGUACAAAAGAUUAUUCAAAAGUACAGCAAUUUUGUCUCUUAUCCAAUUUUGUUGAAUGGAAGUAAGGUGAAUACUCUUGAUGCCAUUUGGUUGAAGAAUAAGAAUACUGUGACUCCAGAGGAACACAGAGAAUUUUACAAAUAUCUUUCACACUUUGGAGGAGAGCCAAUGUAUAUUUUGCACUUUAAUUUGGACAUUCCAUUGAAUAUGAAUGCUCUCUUCUAUGUUCCAGAUCAUCAUACUGAAUCUUUGGGUAUGGGUAAAAUGGAACCUGGUGUCAAUGUACACAGUAGAAGAGUCUUAAUUCGUGCCAAACAUCCUGAUAUUCUUCCUGAUUGGUUACGUUUCAUGAAGGGUGUUGUUGACUCUGAAGAUUUACCAUUGAACAUUUCACGUGAACAUUUACAAGAUUCUCCACUCAUUCAAAAGAUCAAGUCUGUAUUGGUCAAGAGAAUUACUAAAUUCUUUGGAGAUAUGAUGAAACAAGAUCGUGACAAGUAUAUUGCUUUCUAUGACAAGUUUAACAAGUUCAUUAAGGAAGGUGUUGUCACAGAUUACAUGUACAAGGAUGAAGCAGCCAAACUUCUCUUAUAUGAGUCCUCUGCUUUGAAGAAGGGAGAAAAGACCACACUUGAUGAAUACAUUAGUAGAAUGGGAAGUGAACAAAAAACCAUUUAUUACUUGAUUGCUCCAAACAGAGAAUAUGCUGAAGCAUCUCCAUAUUAUGAAGUAUUCAAGAAGAAGGGUAUUGAAGUUUUGUUUGGUUAUGAUGGACCUGAUGACUUUGUUUUUGGAUCUAUUGGUUACUUUAACGGUAAAGAAUUGAAAGCUAUUGACAGAGCAGAAUUAGAAGAUGAAGAGUUGCAAAACGAAAAGACUGAAAACGAGCUCAAUGAAGAUCAAGCUAAGGAAUUGUGUGAAUGGUUCCAAAACUCACUCAAAGACCGAGUUUCAAGUGUUAAAAUUUCCAAACGUUUGUCAACCACACCAGCCAUUAUCAAGAAUCCAGAAAAUGCUGCACUUCGACUCAUUCGAAAAGUUCAAAAUCAAGACAUUUCACUCUCUCCACAACAAGUUGAAAUUAAUCCUCGUCAUCCAAUUAUUCUCAAGUUAUAUAAGGCUAAACAAUCCAAUCCAGAUUUGGCCUUGCUUGUGGCAGAACAAGUUUUUGAUAAUGCCCUCAUUAGUGCUGGUUUAUUGGACGACCCAAGAUCUAUGGUCAAUCGAUUGCAAUCAUUGAUGGAAACAAGUUUGAAGAAUUUGUAA